AGCCGCAGCCGAGCCAUGCUGCACCUUAGCGAGUUUUCUGGCCCCGACGCGCUCCUGGUAAAGUCCACCGAGGGCUGUUGCUCUGAACCCAGUACCGAACUGACCCGGCUGCCCGCCAGGGACCCACCCGCAGCCGCCGGCUAUCCCGGAGCAGGUGACUUCUUGAGCUGGGCCUUGAGCAGCUGCGGCGCCGGGGGGGACUUAGCCGACUCCUGCUUCCUGGAGGGGCCUGCGCCCACACCUCCUCCCGGCCUCAGCUACAGUGGUAGCUUCUUCAUCCAGGCAGUACCUGAACACCCGCACGAUCCGGAGGCACUCUUCAACCUCAUGUCGGGCAUCCUAGGCCUGGCACCUUUCCCGGGCGCUGAGGCGGCAGCAUCCCGGUCUCCUCUGGACGCCUCUUUUCCCGCAGGCUCCGACGCCUUGCUGCCGGGUCCGCCAGACCUUUUCUCCCCGGAUCUGGGCGCUACCGUCUUCCCAGAGGCGUUCUGGGAGGCCUCACCCUCGGCGGGCGCCCCCCCACAGUGCCUGUAUGAGCCUCAUCUCUCCCCACCCGACGUUAAGCCCGGCCUCCGGGCUCCUCCGGCUUCUCCUGCGCUGGACACUGCCUCGGCCUUCAAAGGUCCCUACGCUCCAUGGGAGCUGCUCUCAGCCGGGGCUCCAGGAAGCUGUGGGUCACAGGGAGGCUACCAGGGCGCCCCGGAGGCCCGUUUCCCCCCGAUGGGGGCCAAGAUUGAAGACCUGCUGUCCAUCAGCUGCCCCGCGGAGCUGCCGGCUGGCCCCUCCAGCAGACUGUACACCACGGGGGCCUACGAUGCUUUCCCGCUGGCCCCGGGUGACUUAGGGGAGGGAACCGAGAGCCUCCCGGGGCUCCUGACCCCUACUAGUGGGGAGGGAGGGAGUAGCGGCGAAGGCGGAGAGUUUCUAGAUGGUACGCAGCCUGAGCUUUCCCCGCUGGGCCUCCGCAGCGCCGGGGCGGACUUCCCGAAACCUCUGGUGGCGGACCUCCCCGGGAGCAGUGGCGUGCCUGAGCCUGCAGGACCGCCGCCGGUCCCAUUUCCCCCAGCCAAGGCGCGGCGCAAGGGGCGCCGGGGCGGCAAGUGCAGCGCACGCUGCUUCUGCCCUCGGCCGCACGCCAAGGCAUUUGCUUGCCCGGUGGAGAGCUGUGUGCGCAGCUUUGCGCGCUCUGACGAGCUCAACCGCCACCUGCGCAUCCACACGGGCCACAAGCCAUUCCAGUGCCGCAUCUGCCUCCGCAACUUCAGCCGCAGCGACCACCUUACCACACACGUGCGCACCCACACAGGCGAGAAGCCCUUUGCCUGCGACGUGUGCGGCCGCCGCUUCGCGCGCAGCGAUGAGAAGAAACGGCACAGCAAGGUGCACCUCAAGCAGAAGGCGCGCGCCGAGGAGCGGCUCAAGGGCCUUGGCUUUUAUUCGUUGGGCCUCUCCUUCGCUGCGCUGUGA